GUCGAUCCCAUUAACCCUAAUGCCGUCGUUCCAAAACGUCGAUCCCAUUGCUCGAUGGUCCGUGUGCUAUAUGAGGCUACAAGAAUGAUUCUGGUUUUCUAAUCAUUGUGUCGAGGCAGAGACAAGAUGCACCGGCCGGACCCGCAGCUCGGCCACUGUAUCCUUCAAAAGAAAUAGUACGAGGAAUAAUCAGCAUCCGGUCUACGGACAUACCGGAUACCCCCUUUAGUAAUAAAAGAGAUUACUCUUAUAUAAACACUUCAAAAGCGCUGGCGGCAUGGGAUGCUAUCACUACUAUAAGAGGUAUACCACUCAUUUGAUAUCCAGUUGGGUGCACCUCGAUAACCAUGACUCGAGCUCCUCUACUCCUGUCUAUACUCACAGCAACGAGCUGUGCUCUCUAUGAUUUUUCUCCAGAGAAUUCACCAACAAUAUACGAUAAUAAUCUGCCAACGCAACUCUCAUUACCUGACACCCAGCUUGCUGCCGAAGGCUUCAACUCCUACUGGUUUUCUCACUUUCUUACCACGGGCAACGAUACCGAAUAUGUACUUCUAGCUCAGGCCGUCGUACUUCCUACCAACGAGAUCACCAUCAGAACCUCUUUGCUCGACGUUGGGAACCCGGAGAUUUACUGGCAGAGUUCAAGCACAGUUCCUCUUCAAGGGAACACCACAUCAAUGAAUGGCCGACUGAGCAUCAAGGGAAAAGGAUUUGAGCUGUCGAGCAAUUCAGACGAUAAUCUUGCAAGCAUGGUUUCAGGUGGUUCAACCGACCACUACAAGUACAACUUGACAGUCAAAGCGAGCUCAAGGGUGAUUUUGAACGCCGGAACAGGACUCUUCAACUGGGGGAAAAGUAACACCACGCAAUGGUCACUCCCAAGUGGCCAAACCUCGGGCACGUUAUCUAUCGGCGACUCGCUGUAUCAGGUUAACGGGGAACGCUCAUUGACGUGGUAUGAUCGACAAUAUGGUGGUAGUGGCCCCGACAGCGGAUUCACCUGGUUUGGGGUCCAGUUUCCUGGCUCGAAUGUCAAAGCUAGCAUCUGGCACACCGACAACGAGGAUCCCGAGCAGCCUCUCCGCUUUGCGACUGUUCGUACCAACUACGGCUUAUCAAUCGUACGAUUCAAUGCGACUGCCGACCCGAACGAGGUAUGGACAUCGCCAACAACCAACACUACAUACCAAACCAAGUGGUUUCUUGACUUUGACAACGGAGAUUUCCUGGAAGUCACUAGUGUGAGGAAAGACCAGGAAAUUCCAGCGGAGGGGCUGUUCGCGGCCUCGGCCUUCGCUUCUGUGAAAGGACGGUUCUUUGGACAGAAGAACGGGUUUGCGCUUGUUGAUGUUGUGCCUGCUGCAUAAGGAUGUAAUCGCCGCCGCAUAGAUGAGACUAUGUCGCCACGUCAUUACCGACUUCCUGGGGGUGGAUGUGAUCAAGAACCGUGGGUGUAAUGAAGAAAUAUUCUUGCCUACAUUAUCACGAGGCAG